GGCGGACCCCGCCGGCGCGGUUGGUAGGAGGGGAACAUCGGAGCGGUUUUCUCUUUGAUGCCAAGACACGCCGAGCUAGGAGCACCUCCUCUGUCCGGUCAUCCGCCGAGAGCAGGCCUGCAGGACGUGGGCACCGAGGCCAGAGCCCGGCCGCCCAGUGGCCGCUCCCCGCCGCCUGAGGGCACGGCCUGAACGGCGAGGAGCACCGGCAUGGCUCACCCCGUCGGCAGCCCUCAGCCGCCCCGCUGCUGAAGCCACCCCGGAGAGCCUGCUCCGCUCAUGCUCACCCAGGCUGGGGGGCCAGGGGCCGGCCAGGGCUAGGAGUGGGGCUGCUGUCCAUGGAUCUCUAGAGGUUCCCAAGAUGCCGGGGAAGAGAGGCUGGGGCUGGUGGUGGGCCCGGCUGCCCUUCUGCCUGCUCCUCAGCCUGUACGGCCCCUGGGUGCCUUCCUCGCUGGGGAAGCCCAAGGGCCACCCCCACAUGAACUCCAUCCGCAUCGACGGGGACAUCACCCUGGGGGGCCUGUUCCCGGUGCACGGCCGCGGCUCGGAGGGCAAGGCCUGCGGGGAGCUGAAGAAGGAGAAGGGCAUCCACCGGCUGGAGGCCAUGCUCUUCGCCCUGGACCGCAUCAACAACGACCCGGACCUGCUGCCCAACAUCACGCUGGGCGCCCGCAUCCUGGACACCUGCUCCCGGGACACCCACGCCCUGGAGCAGUCGCUGACCUUCGUGCAGGCGCUCAUCGAGAAGGACGGGACGGAGGUCCGCUGCGGCAGCGGCGGCCCUCCCAUCAUCACCAAGCCCGAGCGCGUGGUGGGGGUCAUCGGUGCUUCCGGGAGCUCCGUCUCCAUCAUGGUGGCCAACAUCCUCCGCCUGUUCAAGAUCCCCCAGAUCAGCUACGCCUCCACAGCCCCGGACCUGAGCGACAACAGCCGCUACGACUUCUUCUCCCGCGUGGUGCCCUCGGACACGUUCCAGGCCCAGGCCAUGGUGGACAUCGUCCGCGCCCUCAAGUGGAACUACGUGUCCACGCUGGCCUCGGAGGGCAGCUACGGCGAGAGUGGCGUGGAGGCCUUCAUCCAGAAGUCCCGGGAGGACGGCGGCGUCUGCAUCGCCCAGUCGGUGAAGAUUCCGCGGGAGCCCAAGCCCGGGGAGUUUGACAAGAUCAUCCGGCGCCUCCUGGAGACCUCCAACGCCAGGGGCGUCAUCAUCUUCGCCAACGAGGACGACAUCAGGCGUGUGCUGGAGGCAGCCCGGAAGGCCAACCAGACGGGACACUUCUUCUGGAUGGGCUCGGACAGCUGGGGCUCCAAGAUCGCCCCCGUGCUGCACCUGGAGGAGGUGGCCGAGGGCGCCGUCACCGUGCUCCCCAAGAGGGUGUCCGUGCGAGGCUUCGACCGCUACUUCUCCAGCCGCACGCUGGACAACAACCGGCGCAACAUCUGGUUUGCCGAGUUCUGGGAGGACAACUUCCACUGCAAGCUGAGCCGCCACGCGCUCAAGAAGGGCAGCCACGUCAAGAAGUGCACCAACCGCGAGCGCAUUGGGCAGGAUUCGGCGUACGAGCAGGAGGGGAAGGUGCAGUUUGUGAUCGACGCGGUGUACGCCAUGGGCCACGCGCUACACGCCAUGCACCGGGACCUGUGUCCGGGCCGCGUGGGGCUCUGCCCGCGCAUGGACCCUGUGGACGGCACCCAGCUGCUCAAGUACAUCCGCAGCGUCAACUUCUCAGGCAUCGCAGGGAACCCCGUGACCUUCAACGAGAACGGAGACGCGCCUGGCCGCUAUGACAUCUACCAGUACCAGCUGCGCAACGGCUCCGCUGCGUACAAGGUCAUCGGCUCCUGGACUGACCACCUGCACCUGCGAAUGGAGCGGAUGCUGUGGCCAGGGAGCGGGCAGCAGCUGCCCCGCUCCAUCUGCAGCCUGCCCUGCCAGCCCGGCGAGCGGAAGAAGACGGUGAAGGGCAUGCCCUGCUGCUGGCACUGCGAGCCCUGCACCGGGUACCAGUACCAGGUGGACCGCUACACCUGCAAGACCUGCCCCUACGACAUGCGGCCCACGGAGAACCGCACAGGCUGCCGGCCCAUCCCCAUCGUCAAGCUGGAGUGGGCCUCGCCCUGGGCCGUGCUGCCCCUCUUCCUGGCCGUGGUGGGCAUCGCCGCCACGCUCUUCGUGGUGGUCACCUUCAUGCGCUACAACGACACGCCCAUCGUCAAGGCCUCGGGCCGCGAGCUGAGCUACGUGCUGCUGGCGGGCAUCUUCCUGUGCUACGCCACCACCUUCCUCAUGAUCGCCGAGCCCGACCUGGGCACCUGCUCGCUGCGCCGCAUCUUCCUGGGGCUGGGCAUGAGCAUCAGCUACGCGGCCCUGCUCACCAAGACCAACCGCAUCUACCGCAUCUUCGAGCAGGGCAAGCGGUCGGUGAGCGCCCCGCGCUUCAUCAGCCCCGCCUCGCAGCUGGCCAUCACCUUCAGCCUCAUCUCGCUGCAGCUGCUGGGCAUCUGCGUGUGGUUCGUGGUGGACCCCUCCCACUCGGUGGUGGACUUCCAGGACCAGCGGACGCUGGACCCCCGCUUCGCCAGGGGCGUGCUCAAGUGCGACAUCUCGGACCUGUCGCUCAUCUGCCUGCUGGGCUACAGCAUGCUGCUCAUGGUCACGUGCACGGUGUACGCCAUCAAGACGCGCGGCGUGCCCGAGACCUUCAACGAGGCCAAGCCCAUCGGCUUCACCAUGUACACCACCUGCAUCGUCUGGCUGGCCUUCAUCCCCAUCUUCUUCGGCACCUCCCAGUCGGCGGACAAGCUGUACAUCCAGACGACCACGCUGACGGUGUCGGUGAGCCUGAGCGCCUCGGUGUCGCUGGGGAUGCUCUACAUGCCCAAGGUCUACAUCAUCCUCUUCCACCCGGAGCAGAACGUGCCCAAGCGCAAGCGCAGCCUCAAGGCCGUGGUCACCGCCGCCACCAUGUCCAACAAGUUCACGCAGAAGGCCGGCUUCCGGCCCAACGGCGAGGCCAAGUCCGAGCUCUGUGAGAACCUGGAGGCCCCCGUGCUGGCCACCAAACAGACCUACGUCACCUACACCAACCACGCAAUCUAGCGAGGCAGCCAGAGCCGAACCGGAGGAGGAGGAGCCGAGACCCUCGUGAUGGUGCGUCGAGCCGGGGCCACUCCCGGGGCCCAGCUGAUGUCCUGCCUGCCCGUGGACACCCGCGGAUGUGGCUUGGUGCUGAGGACACAGAGCCCCAGUGGUCGCUGCUGGGUGGCCUGGGCAAGCCGGGUGGGCGCCAGGAGGAGGAGCAGGGGCGGGCAGCUUCUGCCACUCCGAGAGCCUGCGUCUUGGCCCAGGGCCCCUCCUGGCCCCAAAUCACAGGGGCUCGGUUACGUGGGCCCCGUGCGGUCCCUCUGUCCCUGCCUGUCCCAUGGGCGACCUUCUGCGUCUGUCUCCAUCCUCUUUAUUUUCUCAUCUCUGCGUCUGUCUCCAUCUGUGCGCUCUGCUUCUCCGUCUCUUCCUCCGCCUCUGCGUCUCGCUCAUGAGCGCGUCUCCAGCUGUCUCCCGUUUCUCUCCUGUGCUCCUCCGGGUCUCUCCUCCCGUGCAUUUUUCUUGCCUGUCCCCCCCUCCUGCACUUAUGACCUGCCUCUGCUCUCGCCUCCCUGCCACCUUCUCUCAUCACUAAGUCUUCCAUGUCACAAAAGAGAAAAAAGGAAAAAAAAAAAUCAAAACACAAAAAAGCCAAACAAAACCCAGCCCCGAGUGUGUUGCAAAGUGCUGCGUCUCCUGGUGGCCUCUGUGUGUCCCGUGGCCCGCAGCCCGCCCGCCUGCCCCCGCGUCCGCUGCGUGGCCCGCCCGCCUGCCCGCCUGCCCCUCCUGCCGAUGACACGGAGUUCAGUGCCUGGGUGUCUGGUGAUGGUUCUUGAUGACAAUGUGUAGCGCAUGAUUGUUUUUUAUACCGAGAACAUUUCUAAUAAAAAUAAACACAUGGUUUUGCA